CGCUGAGCUACGACUACGAGCGCGGCGCGCCAUUGACCCGCACGUCCGCAGUCGUAACGAGCCAGUAUCUAGGUCUGCCUACUUACCGUUUUUAUCAGACGCGCUAUGUUGCCAUUGAGAUCGCUUCGAGUCGUCCAGUUCCAGACGCUAAAGUUAACAAAGCAAUCGGGAAUCUUUCCUCGCUCUCUCUGGACGGGACAAGAGACACUGGCUGAAGAUGACCCAGAGUUAAGCGGUCUCAUUGCCGAUGAGAAGGCUAGGCAGGUCAAUGGACUCGAGCUGAUAGCGUCAGAGAACUUUGCUAGUAGGGCGGUUCUAGAAGCUCUUGGCUCUUGUUUGAACAAUAAAUAUGCAGAGGGCUACCCUGGUGCAAGGUACUAUGGAGGCAACGAAGUCAUUGACAAAGUUGAGAACCUUUGCCGCAAGAGGGCGCUGGAGGCGUUCGACCUUGAUCCGGCAAAGUGGGGAGUGAACGUUCAGCCCUACUCUGGUUCACCAGCCAACUUUGCCGUCUACACUGGCUUGCUAAAACCCCACGACAGGAUCAUGGGUUUGGAUCUGCCCCAUGGAGGCCACUUGACACAUGGAUUCAUGACCGAGAAGAAGAGAAUUUCGGCAACCUCAAUAUUUUUUGAGUCGCUGCCUUACCGGUUAAAUGUGAAGACUGGAUACAUCGACUACGAUCAAAUGGAAGUGCUCGCAAACUUCUUCCGUCCUCGUCUGAUGAUAGCUGGCGCCACUGCCUACUCCAGAAUCAUAGAUUACAAGCGAUUCCGUGAGGUGUGCGACCAGCACAAUGCGUACCUCCACGCUGACAUCGCGCAUAUUAGCGGCAUCAUCGCUGCCGGACUCAUGCCCAGUCCGUUCGAAUACUGCGACGUUGUCUCCACAACGACACACAAGACGCUGCGAGGACCGAGGUGAGAUUCUGUCGAAAGCGCUAUACCCAUGUAAGGACGUAAAGGAGUAAGUACUCAUGCAAAAGAGCCUGCGUUCAGGGAUUACCAGAUGCAAGUGCUGAAGAACUCCAAAACGUUGGUUGAGGCAUUGAUGAAGAAAGAUUAUGCAGUGAUCUCGGGUGGCACUGACAAUCAUCUAUGCCUCGUUGAUUUGAAGCCGAAAGGAAUAGAUGGCGCCAGGGUUGAACUCGUGUGUGAGUUGGCGUCGAUCACUGUCAAUAAAAACAGUGUGCCUGGUGACAAGAGUGCUCUUAUUCCUGGAGGGCUUCGGCUAGGAUCACCAGCUCUAACGUCUAGGAAUUUCAAGGAGUCUGAUUUUGAGAAGGUAGCCGACUUCAUAGACAUGGGUGUCCGUAUCGCCUUGGAGACGAAAAAGAACAGCAACACAAAGACAGUGAAGCAGUUUAAGGCAUUUGUGGAGAAGGAUGAUGCAACACAGCAAGCUAUCCAGAGCUUGAAGAAAGAGGUGGAAAGCUUUGCAUCGAAAUUCCCAAUGCCUGGAUAUUAAAUCACUGAUUAGCGCCCCUUCACCAUGAAAGGAUAUCGGACUGAUGCUGGCAGGCAUGUGACAACAUUCAACCAAGGUGUGCCAUGUACAGGAACAGUAAGAUUUUGUAUGCCAAAAGGUGGAACUUGCAGUUAAUAAAUGAACAUCAGAAGUGAGAGUUAAUUCAGCAUCUGUUAAGUAGAUUAAUUCAUUUCUAUUUACCGAUUUUAUUGCUGCGCUAUCUAAAAAGUUGUUUUUAGAAAUUCGAUUUUACGUCAAUAGUGAUGGGCGGUUUAACGGGUUCUCCUUUUUAUAGAACGGUGUCUUUCAAUUGGCGUAUAAUUGGUAGCCGGUGUGUGUGAUGUACAGUGAGAGCAGAACGAUACAUGUAUUGGUAGAUGGCAGGUUCAAUUGAAAGUCACUCUUUUUCUUUUUGGAUGCUAGUCGGUGUUGGCUGCAUGUGCGGCCAAAAUUUAGUGGGCAGAACGGUAUAACCCGACAGGCUUGUCAUUGCCUUUUUUUACUGUCUUCUGACGCUGAAGUAUUGAGUAUUUCACAUGAACGUAUUUGAAAUUUAAUACCAAUGAAAUUAAGUUUAUUCUUCUUUUUCUUGCGUGUUGUUGUUUCUUGUGCCCUUGAAUGGUGGGAUGAUAAAUAUAUUUUACGCAGUGUAUUUUCAGGAGGAGGUAUUUAUUUAUGAUAUGUUGUACUUAAUGUAUGGAUGUUUCGGUUAGCAUGCCAUUAUAUUAAAUAUCUGAAAAUGUUUUCCAAGUAUAUUGAUGUUGACAACGGACCUUGUCUACGUCUACAAGCAGGUGUAUUCGUGAACUUGAAUAAACCUGCUGUCAAAUUAGGUUGUUUUGCAGAGUUGAAUUCUGGGUUGUGUUAUUUGGAUUGAAGAUCAGCUUCGGGGAUAUUUAGCGCCUAUACGCGUCUGAUUCACACGGGACAGCGUUUAAACGGGCAUUUUUUAAACACUCAGCACAUUCGGCUGUGUGCAUGCCUAAUUAUAAACUAACCAAAUCGGUUCACAAAUGUUCCACGGAGCAUCCGACCUACAAUGUUACGAUAGACAUAUCAGUAUAUACUUGGGGAAUGUUUGUCUAAAAAGACAUGCGUGUAUCGUUGUAGUGACCAAAUCAAAGGGCUUAAUACAUGUAAUAAGUGAUAUUGACCACCAAAUUAUCCAGUUAAAUUUGCAACGCCAUUUACUAUGAAACGGAGAGGAAUGUUGGUAUGAAAGGAUGACUUUUUCACCUUGGCAAUACUUGUAUACUCUGUUACGAUUGUUACUUGUCAAAUUUACACUCCAAUAAAAGCUGGGUAACAUAGCAA